AUGAAUCCAUCCACCUGGAUAUUCAUUAAAUUAUCAAAUUUUGUGUUCCGUAGAAGAAAGAAAGUCAUUUGGGUUUGGAUUGGAACUGCAAGGACAGGAACAAGAGUUCUUUCACCUCUGAAUCCUUCGCUGUCCCCAAAUACAGGCUUCAUACUGGAUACAAACGACUCGAGGAAUGAAGAAGUGCAGUUCCUUGAGAAUGAGCUGUGGAGCCAGAAACAGAAGUUCUCAAAGCUGAAGAGCUUCACCAGAAGCCUGCUGAUCGCUGUGAAAAACAAAGACAGAAAGAAACAGCGGGAGCUGUUAGCCAGUCUACCUCAGAAAGUGAAUGAGGACUGUGACCUGGGCCUGGAAAACCACAGCGAGUCUGGCGCAGAGAUGCCCACCAUCCAGAAAGAGUCCUCUGUAUCAGAGGAGGAGGAGGACACGGAUCAGAUGACACUAUAAAUACUUACUCACACAUGCCACAUAGUGCCUGUGGAAACGGAAAAACAACUGUCGGAUCCCACGGGUCAUUUUCUACGGCAUAUGUCAUAUCAGACUGCCUUGGCCGGGUCCAGUGCUAUCAAAUAAAUGCCACUAAGUCAACACA